AUUUGUGUGCAUUGUAGUGUUUCAAAGCUGAAAAUAGUUUAAAAUAAAUCCAUGUGCCAUGAAUGAAGUGAAAGUAGACAAGCUUUAUAUUUUUUAAAUUGUUAACCAAAGGAAGUCUUCAUAUUCUGUCAUUUUAUAAAGAAUGUGCUGCUUUCCCUCUACCCCCGUUAUGAGGGUUGGUAAAUUGAACAAUCACAUAUCACAUAUCUGAGAUCAGUCACCAAUCAGUGAGCUCCAGCACUGACUGCUGAUGCUGACCUAUCUAGCUUGUGGAGGGGACUGCCUUGUGCAGUUUUGUGGUGGUUGGCUUUAAUGAUAGAAGCUGCUCAUGUGUGUUUCUUGACCCACUCACAGCCCCUGUGUGUUUUUGAAGGAGGGACGUCCCCAGGAGUAUGUGCUCCUCUGUUGUCUCAGACCUCUUUGAUUUAAUGGGUCCAAUCAUUGGGAUGUCACCAGAUAAGAAAACGGAAAUUCCGGGUAUGCAAGAGGAGCGGACGGGGCUCAGAGGUGUUUGUGGUGUAGGAACACUGCCUGAGGCGGAGUGCGCAUCCAGUCCGCUGGCAACCAGCGUGGAUCGUACUGGCGGCACUGAGGAUGAGGAGCUCACCAACCUCAACUGGCUCCACGAGAACUUGCUUCAGAACUUCACUUUGGGGGGUCCCGAAGCUCAGCCCAGUGGCAGCCCCCUUUUCGACAUAGAGGGAGACUACGGGUCCAGCCAGGGCCCAUCAUCCUCCUCCUCAUCCUCGUCACACAGCAGAGGCAGGGAGCGGGACUCGUUGAAGUCGAAGCCACCUUUCUCAUUUUCUCUGCUCAUCUACAUGGCCAUUGAGCAGUCUCCCAGCAAGUCUUUGCCUGUUAAAGAAAUCUAUGGCUGGAUUCUUGAGCACUUCCCCUAUUUUUCCAAUGCUCCCACUGGCUGGAAGAACUCAGUUCGUCACAACUUGUCCCUGAACAAAUGCUUCCGCAAGGUUGAAAGGAGUUUGGGAAAGGCCAAUGGAAAAGGUUCUCUCUGGUGUGUUGACCCCGAGUAUCGCCCCAACCUGAUUCAAGCCCUUAAGAAGCAGCACUUCCCUGCCGCACAUGCCUUCUGCACACCACCCGCCUCCCCACCCAGUGCCUCCUCACCCCCUCGGCAUCUCUUUCUACAAGGCUGCUCAUUCAAAGAGUCUGACAUUGAUGCUGCCACUGCCAUGAUGCUCUUAAACUCUGCCCCUGGGCACCACGUUGACCCAUGCAAUUCUGACAGCCCACUGGACCUCUCCAGACCUGACUCUGUUCUGGUGAGCAGUGAUCCAAAGCAGGACCACAAUUACAGCAGCGUAGCUCUGCAGCGCUGCUCUUCCCGCUCCUCCUCCUCGUCUCUUUCCUCCCUGGACGAAGGAGGCUGUGACCGCAGGCAGUCCCGCCGCGCUGGCAGCGAGGGCUUCCACAGUGACGAGGACUCCGACCUCUGGGACGAGAGGGGUGUCCACCAGACUUCUCGACGUCCGCCCGCCAUCAAGUGGCCCGCAGGCAAGAGGGCACGGCGUGAGGUGAAGCCAGAGCUGGAUGAGGAGCUGAAGGAAGCCGCCGGCUCCUUGCUGCACCUCGCUGGUAUACGCAGCUGCAUGGAGGGCUCCAAACGUACUGUCAAGAGCACAAAACUUAACAGGAAAUGAAGAUUUUUUUUUUUUUGCCCUCAUCAGACUCCGGACCCUGUGAACCCUAACCUCUGACCCCUGAUCGUGUGUCCCAGUGUGCCUCCUUCUCCUUAUCUGAUCGUUCAUUGGCCAUUUUGAGCCUUUUUUUGUUUGGGAAUAUCCCUGUCCAACAAAACAAAUGGCAAUAGUAUCGUUCACACAGGAGAACAAAGCCAUAUAGAGACUUUUGUAACUCGGGGGUAACUGCUGGGGGUGGGUGUUUGGGGCUAUGGAGAACCAUCAAGAUACCUAUCCAAAAUGACCUGCCUGCUUCUGUUGGAUUAGGAGAUUGCGAUUCAAGAAUUUUUCUCUGAAAGACAAAGUGGGAAAAGCUGAAGGUUUUAUAACUCAAAGCGUUGCAUGCUUCCUCCUCAAACCUGUAUCCUCUUCCAAGUGAACCUAUUUAUGAAGCGAAUGAGUGCAUGUUUGUAACAGACAAAAACUAACCUCCUGGUGUUCAUCAGUUUCUCUUUGUGCUAAAGAAAAAAAAUGCCACUGUUUUGAAAGGAAUUCUUGCUCUAUGAACCCUCUUGUAAGAGAGAUGCAAUAAUUAAUCCACAACCUUAACUUUUUGACGUUACUUCAUGGUGGCAUUUUUCAGAGUUGAGUAUGCUAGUUAAACUUUCCAAUUAAGAGAACGAAUGGAGUAGUAUUAUGAUCUUGUUAUACGAUAAACUUAUCACACAGGAGCUCUGGCUCUAUUUCAGGAUUAGCAAGAUGUGGAAAUAGUAUUACUCUGCCACUGCCAAAUUUAGUUGCAAAGUUAGCUAUACUACUUCGCUCAGUUUUGUGCGGCCAUUACAGUGCUAUACGAAUGAAAGCUGUUUUCUUCUUUUUAAUUCACUGUCAAUCCCCUUCAUUCAUCAGUGUGUUUUUGACAUUUGUUGUGCAGACAAAGAACAUGUAGUCACAUGUUUGGUGAUGGCUGAGGCAAAGUGAACAUCUGCCACAUAUUGCCAGAUGUUCUCUGUGUUCAUAGGUUAUCCUCCAUAGAUUUUUAUUUUAUUUUUGUGGGGGUGUGUGUGUAUCAUAGUGCAUGUCGACUUCAGCCUAAACCUGAGAUGAUGGUCACAACAGAAAAGAGUUUGAAAUGGUCAAACUCUUUUUCUUCUACUGACAAAGUAGUCAUUUUACUCUGAUGACUACGACUGACAGGUCUCCUCGCUGUAUUGUAGGGCUGCUUGGUGCUCUGCUUGCUUCUCGUCCUUUUGAAUGCAGAGCUGGUUAAUGGUCAGAAACAGGAGCAGAGAGCAAAUUACUACAGCUUCUUGCUCCAUUAUUUGGGUUUGCAGUUGAUUAUACCUCUGUGUGUUCUCCUUGACUUAAUUUUUUUUUUUUCUUAUUCUCUGCUGGCUGAUCCUGUGGCCAAGCUCACUAACAACUUGAGGGAAGGUGUGUUUGCUUUGGUUCAAAUAAAGAUCCAGAGCUUAGAGCAUAUUCAAAUGCAAAGAGGGAGAAGGGGACGAUGCAGUUGUGGCCAGAGAGAAGUGGAUUUUGUAUGUGCAGUCGCAGGCGAGAUGUUGAAGACCUGUGCUGCUGCUCUCAUGUUGUGCCCUCGAUUCUGGCUGGCCACUAGUGCUUCGUUCUUCCUCCUAGAACAAAAUAAGGAAGUGCACACUCUCUUCUCAAGCUGUGAAAUGGAGUGUUUAUUGUCAGUUGAUUGCAUGCAGUUCACUGAGGGGAAGUUGCGAGCCACUUUUGUAAAAGGCCAAUAUUCUCAUCUGAGCUUUUAAAAAGGCUGCAUACUCGCAGCACACAAUACAAGGUAGCAUGGAACCGCACAAAGCUAACAAACUGAAAACGAUAUUAUUCUUCCCACAGUACCAGAUCACAUUGUGUCACAGUGACUUAGUAUAGCAUGCAUGGUCAGUGCCAAACAUUUUCUUGUGCCACUGAUGUAAAACUGAAAAAGGUCAUGGCCACUGUAUUCCCCUGCUGCCACAAUGUAAAUGUGAUUUAGAGCAACAGUGCCCUAGUUUUCUGAAUCAUCUUAACAGGAAAUGGGAGAGGACUCUGGUCAGUACAGUGACUUAACCAAUCUUUUGGUUUAUAUUUGUCGCUUUAGAGUGAGAACUGUUCUUCCAGAGUAAGCUUCAGUUCUCAGAAGUAAUACUUGCAUACACUGGUCUUGUUUAGCUGUGAAAAAGAGAACAAAUUAUUGUUCAUUAAUCAUCACCUUAUUUAUGACAUUAAUUUAUGGGAUUAUUGAAUGCAUACUCUAUCAAACGCUGGUCAUUUGAAACAAAUGAUUGAGCACAUUUAUUUUUCUCCCUCUGUGAACCCCUCUUAAUAAGUAUUUUGUUUUUCUCCUUGUUUAUUUUUCAGCAAUACACUUUUUUCCUUUCACUAUGUUAUAGUGAUUAAAUAUGCCAAUGUCUUUUGUCUUUAGAGCGGGUGUUUUUUUGUUUUUUUGUUUUUUUUCAUUUUAACCAUGACUGCCAGGUUUUCUUGAUGUUUUGUUUUGCUUUUUGUUAGAUGGAUAGAAGACAGUUGAUUAACUUUGAUCCUGAAAUAUUUUGUUGCCAAAAUUGAUGUACAGCUGGGGUUUCAAAUUUAAGAUGGACACAUUCCCCAUGUACUGUAGAAGUUCUUUGAAGCUAAUUUAAUCAUUUUUACAUUUGUCACAUGUAUGGUUUAUGUUUAGAUAUUAUGACUUAGUAGUCAUCAAGAUUAGCUCUCGAUCUCCAUCACAGAUACAAAUCUGUAAUGAAAAAUUACUGCCACUCAUAACUCAAGCUUCCAGGUAUUGUUAUGGGAUGUUUAAAUGUUUUGAAUAAUUCUGAAAACUGGAUCAGACUAAGUCAGUCCUCAUGCUGCUGCUGCUGCUGCUGUGUAGUUUCAGACCUACAUUUGCAAAGAAAUUAUGGAGAGACUUGUAGAGGAAAAUCUCACUCAUUCUUUCUGUAGCACUUGCAAAGGAAAUGUUGUAUUGGUCUCAAAGUGACACUGAGUCAGUGAGUUGAUCUGUGGACGAGCUACCUAAACGUUUUGGGGUCCCAGGAAUUAAAAACCCAGUUGCUUCAUUGCUCAGCAGCUGUUAUUGAAUACUGAUUAUGUGAUUCUCUAAAUUCUGUUGCAGUUCCUAUGGGUAUGAUGAACAUUUUGUUGCAUUUGACAAAGCUGCCAACCCAGUAUCAGUUUGUGUCAGUUGUCUGCCAUGUCUAUUAGACCGACACACCUUUUGGUUUUUGUAUGCUAACCUCUGUUGAUAAAAUGUUUAUAAGAUUUAUUUUCGCCAAAGAUAUGCAAUUGCAUUAUAUAUGGUAUUACAAAAUAUUAAUAAAAACCUGUUCUUGUUA